GUGAAUGAGUAUUCCGCAGUCGCUGAACGAUGGUUCUUCUAAAAAAAUUUUGUUGUGUUCUUAAGUUGCGAACGGGCUGUUAUCUAAUUGCCGUCGUCGAUUUGAUCAUUAAUUUGAAUAUUAUAAUAUUCAGCGGAGAAAAAAAAUUCAAACAAGUUGAGCGCGGUAUGGCCAUUUGUCAUUGCAUUGGAUGUACCAUGCUGAUCAUCGGAGCUAUUGUUCAAUCAACGGUAUUGCUGACAUUCUUUCUAAUCACAUGUUUGGUCAAUUCGUGCAUUUGUGUGAUAAUGAUCAUAAUGCUAUCGAUUCAUUUCAAAGUCCGCAACAUAAUUAUAAUUGUUGCGAGCACCAUUACAAUAUUUUGGAACAUUUAUUGCUGGAUCCUUGUCUUCUCAUACUAUCGGAAGAUAAGCACGACGAACUCAGGGAAUGCGUAAAUAUACUAUAAGAUCAACAAUCUUUUUUCUAGUUUUACAGUACAUUGCGUGAAAGUACAGGAAGGAUUGUGGAUCUUAUGGUAGAGUUUCGGGUACUCGUAUAUUUGCGAAAUUAUUAAGCUAAAUAAAUUGAAAGUUACAAUAAGAGGUCAGAGUUACAA